AUUCAUCCUGCCAACUCGACACGAGAGCUCAGAGGGGACAGAGCGCCUGCUUCCUUCGGAGAGCGAGACCCGGUCCUUUUCGAACUGGACACCCAAACUUGCACGCAGUCGUCCACUUCGGGGGCGCCCUCUGCUGCUCUCUCUCGUGAUUGUUCGUUCCGUGCGCGCGCACACUCUGGUCUAGAUUAGGAUUCAGCUCAGCUGGUGCUGCUUUUCUAUCUUCGCUUCUUUCGGAAAGCCAAAAAACUUAAAAUCUCCAACGAGAAUGAACCGGGGCGCCGUGGCGAGGACGCUGGAAAAACUAAUUCACAGAAUUUCCUGCCCGCCCGAAUCCGGAGACCUCGGUAGCUGCUAGACAGUUCCUCACUAUGAUCCACGCUCUCCACAGCUGCAGAGGAGCUGAUGCGGGCGCAAUUCCGUAGUUUUGCUUCGAGAAACGACGCUGAAUCGGGUGACAGAAUUUAGCCAACCAUCGAUCAGCGAAUUCAUUCUGGAACCUCGCCUUAGCAGUCUUAGUAGCUCAAAGAAAGGGGCCGGCACCGCUGCCAAGUUUGUGCGCUCUCGGCAAAGACGAGAGCAGAGCCACGGAUUGUAGAACUGCAGCUCGAUAUCUCUGCAGAACAGAGUCCGGAUCUUCUCAGGUGACACUGUGAGUGAGAUAGGUUCUUAAGGGGUUCGGCUGUCUGGAAGGUUUCUAGUAGGCACGGACUGACUGGCACAGAAUCUGGAACGGGCUUUGGUGGAGUCACCCUCUCGCGUAUGGAACAGGAGUCAGAGGGACAGGCAGCAAAAAUGCGAAUUCUCGAGUUCGAGCGGAAGGUGAGAUCCGAGGCCUUUUUGGGGUGCCAGCAGAUAAAAUAUGUGGAAAAUCGCCUUCGAGAUGCGCCGGAGGGAGGGCUGCUUGGAGAAGCUGAGGGAGCAGACGCGCAAGCUUUGCGCACCACGAUUCUCAACGCGUCUGCAGCCAUCGUAGAGAAAUUCAGCAAGGUCAUCCGCUUGCUGUCGACUCCGCCCAGCGCGACUCGCAGUACCAAUUCCAUGGCCACGGGCGGCUCGAAAGCUCAAGACCAGCUUGUAGCGAAAGCCGGAAAUCUGACUUUGGAUGCCGAUAGCCCUCUGCUGUCAGGCGACGAUUGCCACACGCCAGGCCGUAUGCAAUUCACCAGUCCGACCACGAGCCCAUGCGACACUCCUCUGAGCGGCAGUGGUCUCUCCGAGGGCGGCUCUCCCGUGAGGCCGAACCAUGUCGCUCCCGAUUCCGACGAGGACACCGUCGGCAAUCUCUCGCGCCGCCGGUCUCACGACGUUUCCACCAGCGCCGCCGAUCCCGACCUCAGCGACAAACCAGCUCUGCCCAAGAAGCGAAAAUAUUUGCCCAAGUAUCAGACGAAACAACGGGCGAUUGGUACGGGGGACAACGAUGGCCCCCCGGACGACGGCUUCACAUGGCGCAAAUAUGGGCAGAAGGACAUUAAGGAGUCCAGCUAUGCGAGAAGCUACUACAGAUGCACGCACAAGACAGAUCUCGGGUGCCCUUCCAUAAAAAUGGUGCAACGCUCGGACGAAGAUCCGAACUACUACGAUGUGACGUACCGAGGCAACCACAUCUGCCCGCUCUUGGAGCAGCGAACCUGGCACUUCGGUUUGGCACCAUCGCACAUCGCGAUCCACGAGCUGCUCGGCUCCGACCCUAAAGGCUCGUCGUCCUCGGCUCUCAUAAUGGGCAGCGGAGCGCUGCACUUGAGUACACCGGGUCAAAGUCAAGAGAACGUCAUUGUUGGCCUGGGUCCGAGUCCAUUUCCUCCACCCAAGUCAACCAGCGGAUUGACUGCAGUUCCCUGCAGCAGGAGGUCCAACACUGGCACUAUCACAAGCACCACCAUAACCACCACCACAGGCUCGCCCGAGCACAACCAAAUCGGAGGUCCUCGGGUAGGCAUGAGCAGCGCGUCAACCGCGCAGCAGCAGCAGCAGCAGCAGGAAACCCAGCAAAACAUUCCAGCGAAGGUCGCUGCGAAUGCGAAUUGUCGAUUAGAUCAGGACUAUAACCAAAGUAGAUCUGCACGUGACUGCCUUUUCAGUGGCUCGAAUCUCAGGAGCCUCUUGUUGGGCCGAACCGAUGGUGGGUCCCUGGGGUUGGAGCUGGAGGAUCUAUCGGUCCAUCAGGUUCUGCAGCAGCAGCAGCAGCGGCAAACUACGGCUAACCAAGGAGGAGGGGAGAUGGAGCGGAUGCGCGAAAUCAUGAGGGGACAGAUCUCUCACGACAGUGUUUCCGUUUCUAUGGCCGACUCUGCUGAUGCUUCUCGAGCUCAGCAGCAGUACGGCGAACGAUGGGCCGAGUCGAACAUGCUCGUUCGAUCGUUUCAGCAGCAGCAGCGUCCACCCGCGGCUCAGAGCGAAGUCACCGGCCAAUACACACCUUCGCCAGCCACGUCCGAAGUCGGAACGAGCCAUGUCCAGCAAAUUCGUCCGGCCGCCUCCCAGAUCUCGCUCGUCCCUUCGUACUCGGGCCCGGGUGCGGAAAUCUACAACAUUCAUACGACGGAGUCCGACGCCUCGGAAGUGAUCUCUUCCGAACCUUCGCCGUCUCUGUACGGUGGCAUCCCCUCGACCAUGGGCAUGCCCCCGUACAUGAUCGGCAGUCCCGGCAGUCACCAGCAAUUGUACAUGGACGAUUACGAUUUCGGGAGUUACUAUGAACAGUCACAAACAGAUUAGACUUAGCUUGCACAUUCUUGUACAGGACAUGUCAAGUCCUCCCCAUUCUUACAUAGAGCCAAACUUUCGAUACAGUCUCAGAUAUUACCAGAGGUUUAGCGCUUUGAUAGGAAAGUAGUACAGUACACGGCAGAUUUCUGCAGGUCUCAAGCCUGCAGCCUAGCCUAGCUUAGCUUAGCGUUGCCUAGCCUAACCAAACCUAACCUAACCUAGCCUAGAGAGUUAUUACAAUAAUCUAGAGAAGCUCC